AUGGGCCUUCGCUCGCGCCUUCAAGCACGAUUCAUGGGGUGGCGUCACAACACUCCCUUGCCGAAGUUGGAUGAAAAAGAUACCGCAGUGAUUUUUCAGUCCUGGCAUGAAUUCGACUCAUCUUCCAGCCGAUGGAUCCAGCUUAGCGCUAAGAAGAGCACUGCCGGACCGUACUCGAACCAGUCAGCUCAAGAUAUCCCUCUGGCGCUUGUUACUUGGAAUAUCAAUGGCACAGACCUGGCUCCAGACAUCCGUACAUCCGCCAUUAUCACGCAUAUUCGGGAUAUGCGUCCGGUCAUGGAUGUUAUAUUCCUCCAGGAGGUCACUCGGACUACUCUUUCAGUUCUAUUAGCGAUGCCCUGGGUUCGUGAGCAAUGGUAUUCUAGCGAAGCUGACGCGACCAGCUGGGGUCACCAGUCGAUCUCGACGAUGAUGCUCCUCUCGAAAUCACGCUUCCACGGCCUAAAACGUACUCCUGAGAGGGCAGCGCUUGGUGCGGUUUGGAGAGUCCCUUUCCCCAGCCAUUUUGGGAGGGACGCUCUUUGCUGUGACAUCUUCUUGCCAAUUUGCAACCCGAGCGAAUGUAAGAAGUCGGUCCCCGGAUCACAUGCUCGCAUUCGUCUCGUCAACGUUCACCUCGACUCCCUCGCGAUUCAGCCUUCCUAUCGGCCUCGCCAGCUAUCCAUCAUUGCCUCUUACCUUCGCGCAACCGGCCGUGGUCUUGUAGCUGGUGACUUCAACCCGGUGCUUCCAGAAGAUGAUUCGAUCAUUAAUGAAAACAACCUUGUGGACAUGUGGACCGAACUCCACCCUAAUGACCCUGGUUUCACCUGGGGCAUCGACGGUAAGCAGGCAUACCCGGCGAACCGGCUCGACAAGGUUGCCAAACUCGGAUUGAAAACCCACGAAAUCGAGGUGAUACCACCAGGAACUUGCACAUACGCAUAUGCAGCCGAGAACCGACCUGAAGAACGGGAGCACAAGUGGAGCGAUCACUGUGGCCUUAAGUGUUCUUUCGGAUUAGGCGACUAA